AUAAACGAACCGAUUCUUUCGAGAAUUGUGUGGUAGUCGUUAUGUUUAUUGUCGCUUUUUAAAGAAAAUUGGAUUACUGCGUAAAUAUUCGAUUAAUAUGAUUACUGGCAUAUGGAACGACUCUGACACAGAACACCACAGGGAAUCGGAGUUAUAGAGGCUCAACGUGCAAGUCACCCAGGGAUGAAACCAGACACAUUGAAGCAGCGCAACUGCCUGACAGACUGUAACCCCUUCAGCCACUAGCUAUCGCAUUACAGUCCGGUAACUGCCCGAGUUCAACAGACGCAGUUGAGACUGUCGGAAUAGAGUGGGAAAACAGGAUAACCGCACCAGAAGCUUUAAAGGGGACCGGCAGAAGACUUGGAACUUGGUGCAGCGGGGAUCAUUCUCAAAGAUGUUGAUAAUGCGGCUCAACAAAGCAGUGCUCACGUUCCCGGUUCUUUUGAUCGGUUUGACCAUAAUCACAGAGCUUGUUGCGGCUCAGAAUGACACGGAACCCAUUGUCCUGGAGGGCAAAUGCCUUGUGGUUUGUGACUCUAAUCCGGCUUCGGAUUCGAAGGCGUCGUCUUCUCCGCUCGGGAUUUCAGUGCGCGCCGCAAACUCCAAGGUAGCUUUCUCCGCGGUUCGGAGCAACAACCACGAGCCGUCAGAAAUGAGCAAUAAAACAAGAAUCAUAUAUUUCGAUCAGGUUCUUGUUAACAUUGGCAACUAUUUCACCUUGGAGUCAGUGUUUUUGUCACCGCGCAAAGGGAUCUACAGUUUUAACUUCCACGUUAUCAAAGUGUAUCAGAGCCAGACCAUACAGGUGAACCUGAUGCUGAACGGGAAGCCUGUCAUUUCGGCGUUCGCGGGCGACAAAGACGUCACGCGCGAGGCGGCCACAAACGGUGUCCUGCUCUACCUGGACAAAGAGGACAAGGUGUACCUGAAACUGGAGAAGGGCAACCUGGUGGGAGGAUGGCAGUACUCAACGUUCUCGGGCUUUCUUGUUUUCCCGCUCUAA